UAAGUUAAGGGUAAAAUGUGGAAGGUGCCGCUUCUCUGUUUGUUUCUGGGGGUAACAGUGCUUGCUGGUACUUCUCCCCAUGCAGAAUACAUUGAACAUUUAUACAAAACUACACAAAAUGGAGGAAGGUUUUCGGACAAUAUCCUGGAAGACGCUAAUUUAGAUGUGGAAGGCCUAGUAAGAAAAUACAACUAUCCAAUCGAAACUCAUACUGUGACCACUGAAGACGGUUACAUUUUGGGAGUGCACAGGAUUCCACAUGGCCGUGACAAGAACAAUGUGACAGAUCCGAAUAAGCCAAUAGUAUUUUUAAUGCAUGGGCUCCUUUCGUCGUCUGCUGACUGGAUUCUUAUGGGACCUGGAACCGCAUUUGCUUACCUCCUUGCCGAAGAAGGAUACGACGUUUGGCUGGGCAAUGCUCGCGGCAACUACUAUUCACGUAAACAUGUUCGCUUGAACCCAGACGCCAUUUUAAGUACUAGGUACUGGAAGUUCUCAUGGGACGAAAUAGGCAACAUAGAUUUGCCGGCCAUGAUCGAUUAUGCGCUUGCGCACACCGGCCGAGACAGGCUGCACUAUAUCGGCCACUCUCAGGGUACCACGUCGUUCUUCGUGAUGGGUGCCCUACGGCCGGAUUACAAUAAGAAAAUUAUCUCGAUGCACGCGUUCGCUCCGAAUGCUUAUAUGGAAAACAACAGGAAUCCUCUAUUGUUAAUGAUAUCGCCAUUUGCUACUAGUCUUGAGAAAGUGGGAUCUGUAUUUGGUCUCGGUGAAUUUAUGCCCAACACUGCAAUAAUGACGUGGGCCGGCCAAGCGUUGUGUAUGGAUGAAGCACUUUUCCAACCCGUGUGCAGUAACAUUUUAUUUCUUAUCGGUGGUUGGAGCGUAUCGCAACAGAACACUACUAUGAUUCCUGUGAAAUUGGGCCACACACCGGCCGGGGCGGCCGUGAGACAGUUCGUCCAUUACGCUCAAGGGAUCGCCAGCAAACGCUUCCGCCGGUACGACCAAGGAAGUAUGAAAGCUAACAGAAGAGCCUACGGGACUAGACGACCGCCAGAGUACGACCUGUCCAAGAUCACAACUCCUGUUUUCCUCCAUUACGCCGACAGGGAUCCAAUGGCACAUGUUAACGAUGUAGAUAGAUUAUUUAGGGAGCUCGGCAGACCCGCGGGGAAAUUUCGUAUAUCACUACAGAGUUUCGGCCACUUGGACUUCAUAUGGGGUGUCGACGCUAAAGAAUUACUGUUUGAUAGGGUAAUCAAUCUCCUUAAAGCGAUGGACGUCCAUGGUGUAGAUGGGCAGGUUUAAUGUAUACAAUAAAUUUGAUGGUAUUUUAUAAAAACAGCGGACAAUAUUUUUAAUAAUAUUUAAUUUAUCUUUUUGACUCACGUGUACAUCAAGUUUCAGUUGGAAAAAGGAAGAGGAAAAAGACCACAGACAAGAGAGCACACACUGUCAUAAACAACUACAAGAGUUGCCACCUAUGAAUAAUAUUAAUAAUAUUUUUGGACCUUUAGUGACCACACUUAAUACUCCAACACCCCUCCUCAAUAAAGUGUCCAAAAAGAAUAACCAAAAAGAACCUGUUCUAAUAUUUUGAACUGAAUUUAAAAAUAUAUAUAUAUACACAUAUAUAAUAUCAUAGAUGAAUCAUUUAUUCUAAAUCAUCAUUAAUUUGCCUCUAAAAUAUAUAAACUUUUCUUUACAUAAAGGUUUUGUCAAUAUAUCAGCUUGUUGCUCUCCAGUCUGUACAUAUUUUAUGUUAAUUAUACUAUUUUCUAUGUUUUGUUUAAUAAAAUUAAAUUUUAUA